AGCAGCGCGAGCCACUCAGACAUGUAAACCUCCUUGGAACUCAGAAAAUGAAAUCGAAACACUUUCACAUGAAACACUUUUAAAGUAAAGUCAGAAAAAUCUUUUUUUUUGCUCUAUCUUUUUUGUUUUUAACUUUUCCCCCCGGAGUUUUCCCCUGAGUUUCCCCCGGUGAGGAGUGUGAAGGGUCGGGUUUGAACUCGCUGACAGUCUGUCUGAUUCACGGUUCUGGUUCUGGGUUUGCACCGGAGGAAGCCCCACCACCUGCCCCGUUUCAGUGACGCUGUUUUGGGGUCUUACUAAGUUAAAAUGCCCCUGGUGAUCCUCCUCCUGUCUCUGAUGCUCCACACAUGCCGGACCCUCCCCACUCAGUUACCCGGCUUUAGCGCCCUGCCGCCCGGCCUCUUCUCCUCCUCCGACCCGCUGCUGCUGGAGGAGGAGCAAUGGGGGGUUUGCGGGCCGUGUGAGGCCGAAUUGUGCCCGGAAACAAGGGGCUGCAGGGCCGGCGUGGUUCCCGACUCCUGCAACUGCUGCCAGGAGUGUGGGAACCUGGAGGGUCAGGCCUGCGACCCCCCGGGGGGCUGGAGCGAGAGGAGGCAGCCUGGGCUGUGCGGGGCCGGGCUGCGGUGCGAGAAGGAUCCUGCAGGAGGAGGAGGAGAGGAAGAGGAGGAGGAAGAGGAUGUGUGUGUGUGUGAGGAGCAGGAGGCGGUGUGUGGAUCUGAUGGAGUCACUUACUUCAACAUGUGUCAGUUCAGAGAGGCAGCCUUCAGCAGACCAGAGCUGCAGAUCAGAGUGGGGGGGCCGUGCCGGACAG